AUGUCUUCGAGGAAAAGGAAUUCCCGAGGACAGUACGAACACGCGGGGCCGUUCGUAUUGCGCAUAGUUGUAAAGAGUGAGGUCAACGUAUGGCAUUCACUAUGCCAUCAGCUAGCGAGGCAUUUGACAAUACUCGAUGGACUUGGCUUGGGUUCGGCCUUGUCCAAGAUGGAAGGAAGAUAUUCGGAUGCCGGUACGCGUGGGUUGUGA